GAACCGAGGCUUCAGGUCAGGGCAAGUACGAGUGCCUGGGCACCGACCACACGCUCCCAAACCGACACCUCCGGGGCUGAACCCUCCCCGCCGUUUCUCAGGGGCGUCCUGCCAUUCUCCACGCCGACUGCGGGGCGGUGGCGGGGCUUCAUCCGUCGGGCUGCCGGUCGGGAGGCGGCGCGGCGGGCCGGAGGCGGCGCCUUAUAGGGCGGGCGCGGCGGGAACGGCGGCAGAGCCGGGCCGCUACCCUGGACAGCGCCUCACAGCCGCGGCGCCAUGGAGCACCUGAAAGCUUUUGACCGGGAAGUAAAUGCAUUUGUGGACUAUAUGUUUGGACCUCGAGAUUCCAGAGUUAGAGGAUGGCUCCUUUUGGAUUCUUACCUUCCCACCUUUUUCCUCACUGUGGCGUACCUGCUGUGUAUAUGGCUGGGCAACAAGUUCAUGAAGAAUAGGCAGCCUUUCUCCCUUAGGGCUCACCUCAUUGUAUAUAACCUUGGGAUUACGCUGCUCUCCUUGUACAUGCUCAUUGAGCUCAUCCUCGCCACGUGGGAAGGAGGCUACAACUUGCAGUGCCAGAACCUCCACAGCGCUGGGGAGGCUGACAUCCGGGUAGCCAAGGUGCUAUGGUGGUAUUAUUUUUCUAAAGUAAUUGAAUUUGCAGACACUAUCUUCUUUGUACUGAGGAAGAAAAGCAGCCAGAUCACCUUCCUCCACGUGUAUCACCAUGCCACGAUGUUUAACAUUUGGUGGUGUGUUCUGAACUGGAUACCUUGUGGGCAAAGUUUCUUUGGACCCACUUUGAAUAGCUUUAUCCAUGUGCUCAUGUACUCCUAUUACGGACUGUCAGUCAUCCCUUCUAUGCGAAAGUAUCUGUGGUGGAAGAAAUACCUCACCCAGGCACAGCUGAUCCAGUUCCUGCUCACCAUUGUGCACACGCUCAGCGCAGCUGUGAAGCCGUGUGGGUUUCCCUUUGGCUGCCUCAUGUUCCAGUCUUCCUACAUGGCCACACUGGUCAUCCUCUUCGUUAACUUUUACAUUAAGACAUACCAGAAAGCACCUUCAAGAACAGCUGCAAAGGAAACCCCUGUCACAACAGAAGUCAAGAAUGGAUUCCAUAAGAACUACUUUGCUGCUUCAAAUGGAUUCCUGAACAAUAAGAAAGCACAAUAAGUACAGUACUUCCUGGGAUCUUCUUUUUUCUAAGAAAAAAGAAAAGAAGAAAAUGAAACAAGAGACUGAAUUACAGGCUUUAGCUUAAAACCUAUUUGAUUAUACCUAUCGGUUAUUUGUACCAGACACUCAUUAAUGUAUUGCUAUUUAAGUUUUAACACAGUAAGUUUAUUUGCCCUGUCAUAGAACACCAUCAGAACAAUAAGGCCAACGUCUUUCUCACGUGAAAAAGAAAAUAUUCGUGAUUUGUACUGCUGGCAUAAAAACACCUUAUAAAGCACUGGAUGGAAACAUUCAGGGUCUUCAAAAGGUUAGGGCUCUGCUAGACUGACACCUUGAGCACUUCCUCCUAUGAAGACAGGCUGAGGAAGUGGGACUUGUUUAGCUCAGAAAAGAGAAGGUGCCGAGGAGAUCUUACUGGGGCCUGCCAAUACUUGAAGGGAGCUUAUAAGGAGGAGAAAGACCAACUCCUUACAGUCUGAUACUGAUAGGACAAGGAGGAAAGGUUUUAAACUAUAAAAGGGGAAAUACAGAUUAGUUAUUAGGAAGGAACUCUUCACUAAGAGGGAGGCGAAGCACUGGCACAGCUGCCUGGAGAGGUUGUGGAUUCCCCAUCACUUCAAGUGCUCGAGGCCAAGUUGGAUGGCAGAGGGAUGGAACUAGAUGAUGUGUAAGGUCUCACCCAACCUAAGCCAUUCUAUGAUAAACGGAUUUUGGAAUAAACUGGAGCUCAGCAACUUAGACAAGAUAGGUUCCUGGAGUGUAAACAUGCACAAAGUUACCAUAUACAAAUACUUUAUCUGAAGCAAAAAAAUAAAAGUGUGCUAAAUAUUCACAAAAGGUGAAGGAAGCGUUCGAAGUAAACCUCAAAAGGAGCCAAAUACAUCAUAAAGGAAUUCCUGCACUUUCUACAGUAGGGGAAGCAAAUCAAUUUCCAGCCUGCAGUUGUGAUGCCGUGUCUCACAAAAAAACAAACAAACAAACAAACAAAAAACAGCACAGUGCUGCUGCUUCAAUUGGCUGUGUUUACUUCCCACUUAAACGAUUACAAAUUAAAAACAGCUUAGGUUAGCUUUGGGAACCUUUGCUGUGCCUUUUUCUAACCUAGCCCCCUUCAAAGUCUCUAACAGAGGAGUCACAGCCUCUUGUCCUUCCCCUUUUCCACAGUGAAAUAGUUGUGGGCUCCUCCAGCCUGAUGUAUUUAAAUUCUCUCCACAAAAACCCUUUUGUGAUCACGACAGCCCUGCCAUCACCCUGUGGGAUCCCAGUUAGGAAGGAAAGGAACCACACAUGCAAAGCCGUAGAAUAUUCUACAUAGAAUAUAGAAUAUCCUGAGUUGGACAGGAUCCUAAGUAAUCCAAAGUCUUACAGAAACAGCUGAGGGAACUGAGAUUGUUCAGUCUGGAGGAGACUCCAGGAAGACCUUAUCACUCUCUACAAUGACCUGAAGGGAAGUUAGAGUGAGAUGUCAGCAUGUUCUCCCAAGUAACUAGUGAUAGGAUGAGAGGUAAUAGCCUCAAGUUGUACUAGGAGAGGUUCAGGUUGGAUAUUAGGAAGAGCUGCUUCUUAAUGAGUGGUUGACUGGCACAGGCUGCCCAAGGAAUUGGUGGAGCCACAGUCCCUGGAGGUAUUCAAGAAAUGUGUAGAUGUGUCGCUAAGAGACACGGUUAAAGGGCAUGGUAGGGAAGGGUUGGCAGUUGGACUAGAUGAUCUUAGGUCUUUUCCAACUUUAAUGAUUCUUUGAGGAUCAUUGAGUCCAACUCCUGACUCUACAAAGAACCACCCAAAAAUCAGAUCAUGUGUCUGAGAGCCAGCAGGGAACAAAACAGGGAACUAAACAGCAGCAUGGACCCACAGAGAGAGGAAGCGUUCCAUCAAGUCCUGUUCCUCUGAUCUUUCUCCACAUCCUGAGCCAGUUUUCCCCUUGAGCUGAUCUUCACCAUGGGGGUCUUGGAGACAGUAGGUGCAAAGGGAGGAAGUCUUGUCCCAGGACAAGAGGCUGGCUGGCCAGCCUAGCUGGUAACAGCAUGGCUGCAGCCACAAUAAGUGCUUAUGGAGAGCAAGGAAAGGGCAUAAAGAAGUCAUACAGACAGGUGUUUGACCAGUAGAAGCUUCCAACCUCUGCAGAUAUCAGCGUAAGACAAGGACCACCACUAGAAAAGCAUAAAGGCAGAUAAUAUCAUAAGAACCAGCAAAGUAGAACACCAAGCAAACAGCUGAACCAUUUGUCUAUGAAAGGCAACCAACGGUUGUAUGUCCAAGCACAGAUAUUAGGAUGAACGGAGUCCUUUCACAUUUCAAUGUAAAUGGUAUUUAACUACCAGCACGGACAACGUAAGCACGUUAAAAGUUAAAGUACAUUAUGGCAACAAACCUCACAGGAAUUGAUUGUCUUUUGUUUUGCUUAAACCUCAUAAAAAGAAAGAAAAGAAAAAAAUGAAUGCCUUACUUGAAG